GGUGGAUCAAUGAAAAGUAGUAUCUCGUAAACUCGGUAAAUAUUAGUAGUAAAAUAAUAAUUAAAUAGCAGUGAGUAAGGUGGUGUAAUAUGACAAGUGUUUAAAAGUGUUAAAUGGGACAUGGGAAAAGAUCAGGAGCUGCUGGAGGCAGCAAGAAGUGGAAAUGUUACAAUUGUGGAAAAAAUUCUUGGUCAACGAGCUCGAAGGAGUGGUCCAUUGGCAAGUCUUCGACGAGGUCCUGGAGCUAACGUGCAAGACGCCAGUGGUUACUCAGCUUUACAUCAUGCUGCGUUAAAUGGCCAUAAAGAAAUAGUGAAACUGCUAUUGCAGUACGAAGCAUCAACGAAUGUAGUUGACGCCAAAGGAUCAUCACCUUUGCAUUUGGCUGCUUGGGCUGGGGAUGCUGAUAUCGUCAGAUUACUUUUAAGCCAGGGUCCGUCUGUACCGAAUGUCAAUCUCACGACAAAAGACAAUGAAACGGCGUUACAUUGUGCAGCACAGUAUGGACAUACAGAAGUGGUGGCACAACUGCUGCAGUACGGAUGUGAUCCUAGUAUCCGUAACAGCCGGGGCGAAUCAGCACUUGAUCUCGCUGCACAGUAUGGCAGAUUAGAAACGGUACAAUUGAUAGUGAGAACACAUCCAGAACUCAUCGAACCACUUCGUAAUUCUUCCUCAUCGCUAAUCUUCCCUCACACACCACUGCAUCUAGCUUCACGAAAUGGCCACAGGGCCGUUGUUGAAGUUCUGUUGGCAUCGGGAGUUGACGUCAACACGAGAACUUCUGCUGGCACUGCGAUGCACGAGGCUGCGCUUUGUGGAAAAAUGGAAGUUGUGAGGACACUUUUGGACCGCGGAGUUGAUUUGGGGAUACGCGAUGCAAGACACAAUACGGUGCUGGAUCUUCUGGGGCAGUUCCCGCCUCAUGUUACUCAUGAUAUUACUGCAGUUAUUAAAAGACAUCGAUCGUCUUCCGGCGUGGAGAGUGACGCAGACAGCGAGCAUCUUCCACGCACAAAUGAUACUCUGGGUAGCCCAUAUGACAAUGCGCGCGAAGAUCUUUCUCCAGCAGAAGGUUCGUCGCCAACGCAGUGGCAGUUUUAUCACAAACCGCGGGACGAAGACCGCCGAGUAUCCGGUACUUCAGUCAUGUCCUUGGGCUCUGACAGCGGACUAUAUCAGACGCCACCGGCACCAAGGUGUACUGAGGGCAGCUACGUCUCUGAGGACCUGUCCUUGACAUUGCCCCCGGGAUUUACUGGCCGGGAGUCUGAUCAAUUGAGUGUCUCUUCUUCGUCAAGUAUUGGAGGACCUAGCCCUCGGGACAGACGAUGUUUACCUAAUGAUUCUGGUAUUUCCGGAAUUUACUUGCCCAUGGCGCCGCUGUCUAGUUCACUUCAUAGUCCUGCCUCUAAUAGUAAAGUCUCGCCAACUCCACCAAAAAAACCUCCGAGAAGAAAUUUAUCGGUAUCACCAACUCAUUUGCAAACUCAGAUGUCAUUGUCAGCAGACUGUUCACUUGGUCCCAGUAAUUACGAAUAUUUAUUUCUUGCACGAAGUGGCGCUCGAAGUCACAUUGAUCUCGAACAAUUACAAACUCGGCGAGAUCAGCUUCGUCACGUAACCAGAAGCGUCGACCAAUACGUAGACAUGAAAUCACGGUACAGCACAUCAGAAGGUACCAAUAGAAGACCAGACGUCGAACCAGUUGCUCUGACGGCAGUUUACGGCGACCGUUUGAUAAAACUUCAAAAUCCAAGACGGAAAUUACGCAGACAUUGCGAAAGAGCUUAUGAAAAUUAUGACUUCGACAAUAAUGCGGCAGUAGAUGAGUCACCGUGCAGUGAAACUUCCCACGACCGAACGUUUGUUUCAAAUGCAUUUCUUACUUUGAAAUCCUCGCAAGAGAGUUUGCUGGAUGACAGACGGGAAAACGGUGAUGCACAAAACGAGAGCCAAAUUAUGGGAGAUGGACGCGAAGCUACGGAUAAAAGACUCAAGAGGGUUCAGAUGCUUAUUCCGACGAGUCCUACUCAUUAUAUACAACCGCCUACUCCAGAUCAUCCUCCACCGUCCGCUCUGCAGGCAGAGAAGUCUAUUCACGAACGAAUUCGUCCACUCAGUCAGGUAUACAAACGUCGGUCACGUGACAUGGAAACAGAAACGGACGACGAUUUGUUACAAUUUCAACCAAGUGGCUCAUUAGACGCCUCAAGUGGUUCAUUAUCAAGCGUGUCCUUAUCUGACAAAAGUAUGUCCGCAGACAACGUCGAGGAGUACUUCGGUGACGUGCCGUUUGCAGGUAAACAGCAACAAACGCUUGGCUGCACCGCAUGACGCUUUAUGCCCUGGUGUACAUGCAUAUUAUCGUUAUUUUGUUACUGUGUCCGUACACUUACAAAUACAAACAAAUGAUUAUAUAUUUAUUCAACUCACUUGUGAUUGAAUAUUUUUAAUUUCACAUGUGGCCAAUGUUUCAAUAACUACCACUUUUUAUUUUUAUUUAUAUAUUUAUUAUUACGACGUAAUAUUUUUUACGAUCUGAUAAUUCGGGAGUGAAAAUAAAUAGUAAUAAUUUAUAAAAUAUUGUACGCUGGCGUUUUAUUGACAUUUUUAAAAAUACAAUAAACAUAUUAAAUUGUAUUUUAAUGCGCAGUUUCAACAAGGGUUUGAGGUAUUUCAAUAUUUCAAUUAUUAUUAUUAUUAUUAAUAUAUACAUUUAUAUAUACAUAUAUAUAUAUAGAGGGCCAGAUAUUUAUUUUAUGCUACUGUAGUCAUUGGCUUUUUAUACACAGUUUAUUUAAAUUAAUUAAUUUUACUUUAUUUAAUUAAAUAUUUAUAUUUUUUUUUGUUUUCAAAUUCAGAGGCUUAUGUAAUUGCGAAUAAUUGUUUUGUUU